CUGUCAGGCUCUCAGGUCAGCUGUCCAGCACCCGUUCUUCUUCUUCUUCUUCUUCUUCUCUGCUCUCUUCGUGUGUGGCUGCAGUAGCCCCGUUAACCCUCAGCCAAGAUGGAGGCCAUCAAGAAGAAGAUGCUGAUGCUGAAGCUGGACAAGGAGAACGCUCUGGACCAGGCGGAGCAGGCGGAGGCCGACAAGAAGGCGGCCGAGGAUAGGAGCAAACAGCAUGAAGAUGAACUCCUGCAGAUGCAGAAGAAGCUGAAGGGGACGGAGGACGAGCUCGAUAAAUACUCUGAGGCUCUGAAGGACGCUCAGGAGAAGCUGGAGGUGGCCGACAAGAAGGCUGCUGAUGCUGAAGCCGAGGUGGCGUCUCUGAACAGACGCAUCCAGCUGGUGGAGGAGGAGUUGGACCGAGCUCAGGAGAGACUGGCGACGGCUCUGCAGAAACUGGAGGAGGCGGAGAAAGCUGCAGAUGAGAGUGAGAGAGGGAUGAAGGUAAUUGAGAAUCGUGCUCAAAAAGACGAGGAGAAGAUGGAGCUUCAGGAGAUUCAGCUGAAAGAAGCCAAACACAUCGCAGAGGAGGCCGACCGCAAGUAUGAGGAGGUGGCUCGUAAGCUGGUGAUCGUAGAAGGAGAGUUGGAGCGCACAGAGGAGAGGGCGGAGCUGGCCGAAAGUAAAUCAGGUGAUCUAGAGGAGGAGCUAAAAAAUGUCACCAACAACCUGAAGUCUCUGGAGGCUCAGGCUGAGAAGUAUUCUCAAAAGGAGGACAAAUAUGAAGAAGAAAUCAAAGUUCUCACAGACAAACUGAAAGAGGCUGAGACCCGUGCAGAGUUUGCAGAGCGAUCUGUGGCCAAACUAGAGAAGACCAUCGACGACCUUGAAGAUGAGGUGUAUGCUCAGAAGCUGAAGGGUAAAGCUCUCAGUGAGGAGCUCGAUCUCGCCCUGAACGACAUGACCACCCUGUAGUUUUCACCCACUUCCUGUCUACACCUGCUGAUUUCCUGUCCAAAACUGCUGACUUCCUGUCUACACCUGCUUACUUCCUGUCUACACCUGUCCCUCCCUAUGUGUCUCUGUUCACUGAGCUCAGAUUCCCCUCUUCCCUGUUAGAAAUCUAUUAAAGCCUUUUGACCUUUUUGAA